ACAGAGGUCCGGUAUACGGUGUCGAUGGCGGAAGAAACCACUAACGUGACGAUAACAGUGCGACUUGUUAGGUCUUUUACUCAUCGAAAUAUAAAACAUUUAGUUUACCAUAAUGUGAAAUUAGGUCAAACCGUGGCUGACUUCCGCCAGAUGAUAGAUAAAGAUAUUCCUACAAGGCAGGGUUUGCCGCCUCCGUUUAAGAAAUUCACUUACGACACGUUGAAGAUCUCCCAUAAAGCCUACGGUGCGAAGACGGCAGAUCCCAUCAUCAAUAGGAACAAGGACGCAGAGCUGAUUCUCCUCCCCGAGAAGACCCUGUCAGACUGUGGAGUAGAGAAUGAGACUGAGCUGUCCUACUUCAUGAUGACGGACUACAGAGCCUACCAGCAAGACCCGACCACAGUGUUCUGACAGAGAACAGGUGUAGCCUUCCCCACAUGCAUACCACAACCAUGUGUACAGGGUGCAUAUGUACUCCCAGGCCUUGAUACUGGUCACUGUUGGGGAUUUUCCUAGCGCUUCCAGAUAACAUUCCGCACCACCAUCACUCACUGGUACCAUACGACCAUACCUGUGGAUUCCAAGUGGGUAUAGAUAUGAUAUAAACCUAUGAUUGUUCUGCUGGAUCCGAUGUUCAGACUCGCAGACUUGGUUUAUUUGGGUAUCGCAUCCCGGCGCCAAUAGACUUUGCUCAUAAUAUCAGUGACUGGUUUGUCAGGCCAAAACUCGAAACGUUACGUCUGCAGACUCAAAGCGGCGUAAAAAACAUUUAUUUUGACCUGGGGAUUUACAGAGCAAUUGGAGUAAUGCUGAUUCCGCUGUGGCAGAUGUCUACCUCCAUCUUUCAUCCCAUAGUGUAUGUGUACAGGUGUAACCCUUGGUGCGUGGAACGCUAUGAGCCAUGGAAUGUAUACCAUCCGAGUGACACCCGAACGUCAAUGUAUAUUGGAAGCAGGCUCAUUAAAAUGUGAACUUUUACUCCGACACAGACCUCUGCGUUAAGAGCCGAAGAUCCGGGGUAGAACAGGUCUUCAGCAACCCAUGCGUGCCGUAAAAGGCGACUAUGCGUGUCGUAAGAGGCGACUAACGGGAUCGGGUGGUCAGGCUCGCUGACUUGGUUGAUGCAUGUCA